UCAUGUUCGUCCUCGUCCUCGCAGCGGCCGGUGCCGCUGCUGCGCCAGCGCCGGCGCCGGCGCCACAAGCUUCAUCGCUCUCGCCAUCGUCCCCAUCGCCAACUCCCACCCCCUCAGCACCCAUCCCUGCCCCCUCCCUCUCGCCCGCGUCGCCCUCGCUCGCAACAGAUAUGGCGACGACGACAAUAACUCGCACACUGAGCGGAUACCGCUUCGGCGGCGACAAGACGGAGCCGUACACGCGCACCGAGACGGCGACGGAGACAUACUCUGGCGGCGUGCUCCUCCGGCCAGCGACGAGCAGUGGGGGCGUGAACGUGGCCGCGAUAGCGGGAGUAGUGUGUGGGCUCGUAGCGCUGAUUGCGGGGCUUGGGUUGUGGUACUUCCUCUCUCGCCGUGCAGAACGGAAAUACAUCGAGUACGAGAGCGAGAGCGACGUCGAGCUGCCAGUGUACUCGCGCGAGGAUCCCAAAAAGGGCGACGAGCUCGAAAGCCCACCCCCCGCAUACUCGCCCGGACGGCGGUGGGCGCCGCGGCACGUGUUCCGGCCAAGCGCGCACGCGCGUGCCGCGGCUGGCCCACGAGCAACAGAUUCGACAGCAGCGUUUGCGCAUCUUGCCGCACAGCCGGCGAUGCAGCCGGCGGCACACGCAGCAGCGUCUGCGGCGGAGCCAACACACGCAUCACACGCAUCAGACACAUCGCGCGGCGCCAGCGGAGGACACUUGUAGCGAACGAUCAAGCUCGGCACAUCUAGCUUGACGUUGGGCCUGGAGACGGCACGCCAGCGGCGUGCAGGCUGUAGACGGCCGUCACGAGUACCUGCCAGCGGCCCGGCGGAGGGCAUCGCAGCAGGGCGUGGGUGGGUGGGUAAUGACCGAUUGCGUGCCUUCAUCACUGUCCCGUGACGCUGCGGGACCUUGACGACGCCGCAUUAGUGUGGAUUAGCGGAUGUAAUAGUGGAUGUAAUGGCGUGCAUGUAUGAC